AAUCCCAAAUUUUGUAUGCGCAUCUGCAGGUUUGUGGACAUCUUUCUAAAAACAUAAGACUGAUUGAUGACCCAGUGCAACAAACAACAUCGAGAAAAUGCCUGGAAAUUUGACGUGCCUACUGUUUUUCCUUUUUGCUAUAACCACUGCAACAGGUCUACUAACAAAUAUCACACUGACUGGCAUUAAUGCCAAAAGGAACGAGGGGAGACUGGAGGUGCUGUGUAAUGGUAUCUGGGGAACUGUGUGUGACGACAUGUUUGACUACAGAGCGGCAGCGGUCGCCUGUAGAAUGCUUGGAUUUAACGAAGGUGGAAGAUCCAUUUCUGCGAAAGAUACAUACGGAGUUGGAACAGGGCCGAUUUGGAUGGAUGAUGUGGUCUGUGAUGGUACGGAGCGGUCGCUUGACCAGUGUCAGUUCCUGGGGUGGAACAUCUCAAACUGUGUCCACAGCGAGGACGUGGGGGUACAUUGUAACGUACCUAGUGACCCGACCAGCCAAUGCUGCGGAUCAACGACCCAAGCCCCGGUCACUGUUCAGCCAAGUAACUGUACAGUACCUCAACCUAACGACCCGAAGGACUGGGACAUUCGAUUAGUUGGACCCAACAAUUAUAUAGGCCUGGGGUUUGUGGAGGUGUACCUCAACAACCAGUGGAUGGCCGUCUGUGACGACCUCUGGGGGACAGCUGACGCCCAGGUGGUCUGCAAGAAACUCUGUUUCGACGACGCACUGGCUCGCGCUGGCUCCAUUAUUGACAUCAACUACGUUCGUCAAAACGUAAGUUCUGUGUAUGGUAUUGAUAACGUGGAGUGUAGGGGGACAGAGACUUCUCUCAGAGACUGUCCAUACGUUUCUGGGGCCAAUAUUGACUGUAGUGGCAUUGAUGAAUACGCCAGCGUGACGUGUACCAUACUUAACAACGCACCACCCAGCCCACCUAUCCCCACCUUGCAGUGUGAUAAUAGACGCCUAGAGGCAUCUUUUAGUCGUGCGCAUGACGAAAACCUGGAAGAGAAGUUUUUGUCGGUUUUUUAUCCGACUCCCGGGGUUGUUUGUUACGUCCAGAAGUCGACCAAUGCAUCCUACGUGUCUAUCAGUAUACCAUUUGACCAAUGUGGAACAAAUGUCUCUAGAAAUGCUACACAUAUUAUCUAUUCCAAUGUUAUUCGGUAUGGAUACACGACCAUUGAAGGCAACAUCACCAGAGAAAACUCUUACAGAGUGGAAGUCUCGUGUGACUUUCCGCGAGACUUGUAUGCCAGCCAGGGGAUGAUCCCCCAGACGGAGAGUGUUACACAGAGAGCCCCUGGAUCAUACAAUAUCAGGAUGGACUUCUUUAGGAAUAAUUCCUUUAUUUACCCGGCGGUGAACUAUCCAUUAGUUCUGAUACUGGGAGAGUGGCUUUACGUUGCUCUUACACUGGAAGAGGCGGACUCGAAUAUAAAACUGGUGGUCCCCGACUGUAUAGCCACGCCUACUACACAAGCAAAUCAUCCUACUAGUUAUCCACUAUAUGUAGACAAAUGUCAACGCGACCCAACCCUUGGGUUCUUUCCACUGAACGCAACCUCCUUUGGGUUUCGGUACCAAACAUUCAAGUUUGUUCAUUUUGAUCAGGUCUACAUUCACUGCAGGGCUUUUGUGUGUCUGUUGAGCGAGAAAAACGAGGAGUGUGACAGAAGCUGUAACUCGACAUUACACUCAACUCCCCGUCCUCUCACACGGGACAGACGACAGGCCAUAACGAGGACCUCGUACUCCAGAGAAAUAUAUCACAUUCUGAGUCCAGAAAUUUUCAUUUUUAAGAAAACGGGUGAUAAUUCAGGGGACAGAGAAAUAGAUAUCCCGAACGAUUCCUUUACAAUUCCACUAACAACACGUGACUUGGCGACUACAGAUCGACGAUCAACCGGAACAACACAGUUACUGACAACACAACCAACAACCGACAAAGCAACAAAAGUACCCACUACUCAGACAGGCACACUGACAACUGCUUCAACUACUCAAACACAAGCAGCACAAGUUCCUACAGCAAUAUCGACAAAACCGAAAACAACGCAGAUAAUAAUGGCAACAAUGACACAACUACCAUUUGUAGCAACAGAACAAAAUGAACCCAAAGAUGAUAGUCCUAACUCUUGCACGAAGCUUUUUGACGUUUUUCAAUUCAUUUUCUUUCAAGUUAUAGCUCUAAUUUUAGUUUGCGCUUCUCUGAAUUGUUAAGCAAGAGAUCAAUAUUUUAAAUUUUAGGUAUUGAAAACUGCUUUUGGAAAGUUUUCUCUCUUCUUUCUGUUAGUGUUGACUUUUUUUUUCUUUUCUAUGUAUAGAUUUAUUUAUUUUUUCUUUUAGGAAUAGUUGCUAGGUUCACUUUUUUUUCAAUCUAAAUUUCAAGCAGUCUUCGAGAUGUCAGCAUUAUUAAUCAAACAAAAAAACCCGUUUUAAAUCAUCAAUUGGCAGCACUUAAAUACUUCACUGUUUAAAUAUUGAUGUAUUUUAGUGCUUUAUUAGUCAUAAACGGAUUUCCACGAGCCUUUUGCGCAUAUUGUAAAGAUGAGGGGGCAAAACUUAUCCUUAAACAUACAUUUAGUGGGGUGAGACACUUAGCGCGCCUUACUCUAAAUUCAGUAAACUCGUAUCUUUAAAUUAAUCCUACUUAUCAUUUUUACGAAAUUCUUAUAUAUUUAUGAAAACAAUACUGCAAAAACAUGUACUUCAAAAUUUUUCUGAACACACAAAAUGCCCUUAUAUAAAUAGUGCCUGUUUGGGAGGGUAACUGUUGAAAUUGGCAUCCUGAGAAAACCAUUGUCAACCGACGCGAAGCGGAGGUUGACAAUG